CAGGAGCGCCUGUCCCACCUGCGCCGCAAGGCGGGCGAGUACCGGGCGCUGAAGGCGGCCCUGCGCGCCCGCGCCGCGCCCGCCGAGCUGGCCCAGGUGGGCGCCGCCGUGCGCAAGGACGUGGUGCGGACCGACCGCGCCCACCCCUACUUCGGGGGGCCCGAGGAGGGGCACCCGCACCUGCUGGCGCUGCAGGAGCUGCUGACGGCCUUCGCCCUGGCGCACCCGCGCCUCUCCUACUGCCAGGGCAUGUCGGACGUGGCGGCGCCGCUGCUGGCCGUGCUGGACGACGAGGCCCAGACCUACCUGUGCUUCUGCUCCCUCAUGCGCCGCCUGCGCCCGCGCUUCCGCCCGGGGGGCCGCGGGCUGGCCCGGGCCUUCGCCCACCUGCGGCGGCUGCUGCGGCGCGCGGACCCCCCGUUCUGGGCCUUCCUGGCGGCGCGGGGGGCCCACGACCUGCUCUUCUGCUACCGCUGGCUCCUGCUGGAGCUGAAGCGCGAGUUCGCCUUCGAGGACGCGCUGCGGGUGCUGGAGGUCACCUGGAGCUCGCUGCCCCCCGCCCCGCCCCCGCCCCCCGCGGGGGUCCCGCUCCUGGGGGCGCCCCUGGGACCCCGACGCGCCCGCCGGGCGCUGAGGGAGCGCCGGGCGCUGCGGCCCAGACCCCCCCGCGGCAGGAGGAGGAGGAGGAAGGGGGGGGGGGGAGGGGGGGGCGGAGCAGGGGGGGGGGCUGGGGGGGCUGAGAGCGCCGGUGGUGGCACUGGGGGUCCUGAGGAUGUCCCCGAGGGUCCCAAGAGCUCCAGUGACAUCCCUGAGGGUCCCAAGGACGUCCCUGAGGGUCCCAAGAGCUCCAGUGACAUCCCUGAGGGUCCCAAGGACGUCCCCGAGGGUCCCAAGAGCUCCAAUGAUGUCCCCGAGGGUCCCAGGGACAUCCCUGAGGGUUCCAAGAGCUCCAGUGACCUCCCUGAGGGUCCCAAGGAUGUCCCCGAGGGUCCCAAGAGCUCCAGUGACAUCUCCAAGGGUCCCAAGGACAUCCAAGAGGGUCCCAAGGACAUCCCUGAGGGUCCCAAGAGCUCCAGCGAUGUCCAAGAUGGUUCCAAAGCCCCCACCGUUGUCCCAAAGGGUCCCAAGAGCUCCAGGAACAUCCAGGAGGGUCCUGAGAACUCCACAAACGUCCCAGAGAGUCCCGGGGACGUCCAGGAGGGUCCCAAGAGCUCCAGGAAUAUCCAGGAGCGUCCCAAGAGCUCCAGAAACAUCCCCAAGGGUCCCAAGAGCUCCAGGUACGUCCCCAAGUGUUCCAAGAGCCCCAAAGACCCUGAUGGCUCCAAGGACACGGCUCGAGGUCCUGGUGGUCCCAGGAAGGUCGAGGAAGGCACCGACGCCCUUGAGAUCGACCAACAGCCCAACUUCUCGGGGGGGGUUGGAGAAGAACCCGGAGAGGGAUGUGGUGACCCCAGAGAGGGACACAGUGACCCUAAAGAGGGACACAGUGACCCCAAAGGUGGACAUGAUCCCAGGGAGGGGCCUCAUGACCCCAGAGAUGGACACGAUGACCCCAAACAGGGACACAGUGACCCCAAAGAGGGACACGAUGACCUCAAAGAGCGACACAACCCCAGAGAAGGCCCCGAUGACCCCAAAGGGGAACAUGGUGACCUCAAAGAGGGACAUGACCCCAGAGAAGGACACAGUGACCCCAAAGAGGCACACGAUGACCUUGGACAACGUGACGACCCCAGGAAGAGACGCGAUGACCCCAAAGAUGGACAUGGAUGCGAUGACCCCAAAGAGGGACACAGUGACCCCAGAGAAGGACACAACGACCCCAGAGAGGACCGUGACGACCCCGUAGAGCUUCACGGUGACCCCACGGAGGACCCCGACGCCCACCCCGACCCCACCGCCGAAGACCCCUGGGGCGGCCGCUGGGCCUGGGAGGACUCCGGCUCUUCUUCCUCCUCCUCCUGCUCCUCCUCGUCCUCCUCGUCGGACGAAGAGCUGGGGGUGGAGGACGACGGGGCCCCGCUGCCGCCGCCGGAGGAGCUGGGCCAGGGCAACCCCUUCCUGCUGUUCGUGUGCCUGGCCAUGCUGCUGGAGCAGCGCGACGCCGUCAUGGCGCGCGCCGGCGACUACAACGAGGUGGCCAUGCACUUCGACCGCCUCGUGCGCCGCCACCACCUGCCCCGCGUCCUGCGCCGCGCCAAGGCCCUCUUCGCCGGCUACCUCGAGGGCUGGGGGGGAGCCCCCGCCGCGGGACCCCCGUAGGAGCCGCCGCGGGGACGCCACCGGGAGCUCAGGGUCACCGCGAGGAGCUCGAGGUCACCACGAGGGACUCAAGGUCUUUUUUUGGGGACGCCUCGGUCGCUGGGGGGACUUGUAGGACAAUGUGGAGACCCCCAUAAAACGCAUCCACGGGACACCAUGAGGAGCCCAAGGUCACCGUGAGGAGCUCAAGGUCUUCUUUGGGGACCCCUUGGUCACUGAGGGGACUUGUAGGACAAUGUGGAGGCCCCGUAAAACA